UCACUUUCAUUUGUUGCUCUGACGCUCUGGUCUUUUUGAUCUUUCGCCGAAAACCUCGUUCUCAUCUCUCUCCUUCCUCGUAGACAGAUAGCUAAUGGCGGAGACUGAGACGUUUGCCUUCCAGGCUGAGAUCAACCAGCUUCUCAGUCUCAUCAUCAACACCUUCUACAGCAACAAGGAGAUUUUCCUUCGUGAGCUUAUUAGCAAUGCCUCUGAUGCUUUGGACAAGAUCCGUUUUGAGAGCUUGACUGACAAGAGCAAGCUCGAUGCUCAGCCAGAGCUGUUCAUCCAUAUUGUUCCAGACAAGACUAACAACACCCUAUCCAUUAUUGAUAGUGGCGUUGGCAUGACUAAGGCUGAUUUGGUGAACAACCUCGGUACCAUUGCAAGGUCUGGAACCAAAGAAUUCAUGGAGGCUCUGGCUGCUGGUGCUGAUGUGAGCAUGAUUGGUCAGUUUGGUGUUGGUUUCUACUCAGCCUAUCUUGUUGCUGAGAAGGUCAUUGUUACCUCGAAGCACAAUGAUGACGAACAGUAUGUUUGGGAAUCACAAGCUGGUGGGUCAUUCACCGUCACCAGAGACACAUCUGGUGAGAAUCUUGGAAGGGGAACUAAGAUAACUUUAUUCCUUAAGGAAGAUCAGCUUGAGUACCUUGAGGAACGACGUCUUAAGGACUUGAUUAAGAAGCACUCGGAGUUCAUCAGCUACCCUAUUUCUCUUUGGGUUGAGAAAACAACGGAGAAGGAGAUCUCUGAUGAUGAGGACGAGGAAGAGAAGAAGGAAGAAGAGGGUAAGGUUGAGGAAGUAGAUGAGGAGAAGGAAAAGGAUGAGAAGAAAAAGAAGAAGAUCAAGGAGGUGUCACAUGAGUGGUCCUUGGUGAACAAGCAGAAGCCUAUUUGGAUGAGGAAGCCUGAAGAGAUCACAAAGGAAGAGUAUGCUGCUUUCUACAAGAGUCUCACCAACGACUGGGAAGACCACUUGGCUGUCAAGCACUUCUCUGUCGAGGGUCAGCUGGAAUUUAAGGCAAUCCUCUUUGUCCCCAAGAGGGCGCCAUUUGAUCUCUUUGAUACUAGGAAGAAACCCAACAACAUCAAGCUGUAUGUUCGCCGUGUCUUCAUCAUGGACAACUGUGAGGAGUUGAUCCCUGAGUACCUUGGCUUUGUCAAGGGUAUUGUAGAUUCUGAGGAUCUUCCCCUUAACAUCUCUCGAGAAAUGUUGCAGCAGAACAAGAUCCUGAAGGUCAUCCGCAAGAACUUGGUAAAGAAGUGCAUUGAGCUUUUCUUUGAAAUAGCCGAGAACAAAGAGGACUACAACAAGUUCUAUGAGGCUUUCUCUAAGAAUCUUAAGCUUGGUAUCCACGAGGAUUCUCAGAACAAGGGUAAGAUUGCUGAAUUGCUGAGAUACCACUCCACCAGGAGCGGUGAUGAGAUGACCAGCCUGAAGGACUAUGUUACCAGGAUGAAAGAAGGCCAGAGCGACAUUUACUACAUCACCGGUGAAAGCAAGAAAGCAGUCGAGAACUCUCCAUUCCUGGAGAAACUAAAGAAGAAGGGCUAUGAGGUGCUUUUCAUGGUCGAUGCCAUUGAUGAAUAUGCUGUAGGUCAGUUGAAGGAGUUUGAGGGCAAGAAGUUGGUUUCAGCAACCAAGGAGGGUCUCAAGCUUGAUGAGAGCGAAGACGAGAAGAAGAAGAAAGAAGAGCUCAAGAACAAAUUUGAUAGCCUCUGCAAGGUGAUGAAGGAUGUCUUGGGUGACAGGGUUGAAAAGGUGGUCGUGUCCGACCGUGUUGUUGACUCUCCCUGCUGUCUGGUGACUGGUGAGUACGGAUGGACAGCAAACAUGGAAAGAAUCAUGAAGGCACAGGCUCUGAGAGAUAACAGCAUGGCCGGUUACAUGUCAAGCAAGAAGACAAUGGAGAUCAACCCGGAGAAUCCCAUCAUGGAGGAGCUGAGGAAGCGUGCUGAUGCUGACAGGAAUGACAAAUCUGUCAAGGACCUUGUUCUGUUGCUCUUUGAGACUGCUCUCCUCACAUCUGGUUUCAGCCUCGACGAUCCUAACACGUUCGGUAACAGAAUUCACAGGAUGCUUAAACUUGGCUUGAGCAUUGACGAGGAUGCCGGUGAUGGUGAUGCUGACAUGCCCCCAUUGGAGGAAGCCGAUGCUGAUGCAGAGGGAAGCAAGAUGGAGGAAGUCGAUUAAAUUACUUUUAAAUGACGUUUAUAAGCUUUUAUGUUACUAGCGUUCGCAGUGAUCAACUUCAACCGAGACAAUUCUAUCCCGUCUUUUUGUUUUGUUUUGUUUUUUUUAAUUUUCGGUUCUCUCCUGGAAUGUUCUGUUAUAUUUUGCAUUGGUAGAAGUGUUUUGCCUGAGUUCUGCUCUGGUAAUUGCA